AUGACGGGGAAGGUAAGGAGAGGGGGAAAGGGGGGGCCCAAACAGGUGAGGGGAAGAGAUGUCAGUGUUGGUGUUUUAAGAUAGGCUUGGAUACACGUUUAGUUUAUCAGGGGAAAUCAGGGCUAUUCUUGAGUUUGUGUACAAACACAUAAAUAGCCAAACACAACUCAAGAACAAUGGCAAACUUACAAUGCAAGCGUACAAUGCAUUACAUGAUACUAACAUGUAUAAUCUCCAUGUGCAGUACAUACAUACAUACAUACACUACAUCUCAUUCCAAAAUCAUGGGCAUUUAUAUGGAAUUGGUCCCCCCUUUGCUGCUAUAACAGCCUCCACUCUUCUGGGAAGACUUUCCACUAGAUGUUGGAACAUUGCUACGGGGACUUGCUUGCUUCCAUUCAACCACAAGAGCAUUAGUGAGGUUGGGCACUGAUGUUGGGCGAUUAGGCCUGGCUCGCGGUCGGAGUUCCAAUUCAUCCCAAAGGUGUUCAAUGGGGUUGAGGUCAGGGCUCUGUGCAGGCCAGUCAAGUUCUUCCACACCAAUCUCAACAAAACAUUUCUGUAUGGACCUCGCUUUUGUGCACAGGGGCAUUGUCAUGCUGAAACAGGAAAGGGCCUUCCCCAAACUGUUGCCACAAAGUUGGAAGCACAGAAUCAUCUAGAAUGUCAUUGUAUGCUGUAACGUUAAGAUUUCUCUUCACUGGAACUAAGGGGCCUAGCCCGAAACAUGAAAAACAGCCCCAGACCAUUAUUCCUCCUCCACCAAACUUUACAGUUGGCACUAUGCAUUCGGGCAGGUAGUGUUGUCCUGGCAUCCACCAAACCCAGAUCCGUCCGUCGGACUGGCAGAUGGUGAAGCGUGAUUUCCACUUCACAAUAACAGGGCAGAAAUGUACUUGUUGGAAAGGUGACUUGUUGGAAAGGUGGCAUCCUAUGAUGGUACCACUUUGAAAGUCACUGAGCUCUUCAGUACGAGCCAUUCUACUGCCAAUGUUUGUCUAUGCAGAUUGCAUGAUUUUAUCCACCUGUCAGCAACGGGUGUGGCUGAAAUAGCCGAAUCUACUAAUUUUAAGGGGUGUCCACAUAUUUUCUUUUGUAUAUGAAUACAAUACAUAUACACUAUACACUAAACUUUGAAAAUUGACUAUUUUCCGAUCUCUAAGGUAUAGUCCGAGGAUACGUCCCAAAUGGCACCCUAUUCCCAUAGGGCUGUGGUCAAAAGUAUUACGAUAUUUAGGGAAUAGGGUGCCAUUUGGUAUUCGCAUCCAUAAUAUUAGGUUUGUUGUUCUGAAGAGGCUCUUCUCUGUGUAAACUGAUGUUUAGCUGAAGCUCUCAUUGUCCUUGGCUGUGUUGUUGUUAACAGGGAAUAGCCUGCUUCAGUGCCAAACUCAAGUUCCUGGAGCACCGUCAGCAGAGGAUCGAAGAGGUGAGAGCCAAGUACAACAGCCUGAAGAGCGAGUUGGAGCUGGCCAAACAGAAUCUCAUGCUGGACGGGAAUGGAACAAGAGUGUGAGGGGUUUAUAAGAAAAUUUUUUUUGGGGGGCCCGGGGAAAUAUUUUUCCAAAACAAAAAGUUGAUGGGGUUUUUUGAAAAAAUGUUUUUUACGUUGGGUAAAGUCGGAAAAACCAAAAAAUUUUAAAAAAAAAAUUUUAAAAAAAAAAAAAAACAAAAAAAAAAAGACUUUAAAAAAAACAAAAAAAACAAAACCCCCAAAAAAAAAAACAAAAAAAAAAACCCCCCUAAAAAACAAAAAAAACACUCCACCGGGCCGAUUGGGAACCCCAAAAAAAAAAACAAAAAAAAAAAAAAAAAAAAAAACAAAAAAAAUAAAAAAAGGGGGAAAACCCCCAAAAAGGGGGGGGGGGGGGGGGGGGGGGUGGGGGCCCCCCGGGGGGGGUUGGGGGGCCCCCACCCCAAAACCCCCCCCCCCCCCCCCCCCCCCUAGCCCAAAAAAUAAGGGAUUGCUUAAAAUGUUUGGGGGUCCUAUGAUAGGACCCCAAAGGAAGGUUUUUUUCCGGAUAGGGAUGGUUUUUGGUCUGGACAAACGGACCGACCCUACAAUCCACCCCUGGCUUGGUGCGGGAGCAGCAAAACGGCCGGACGGGGUGACGAUACGACCCCUGGCUUGGUGCGGGGAGGCAGGAAGGGGCCUUUUACCAAAGGGCUGACGACCGCCCCCUGGGGGUUUUUUUGCGAACAGGAAAGGCCGGGGGGGCUGGCGAAACCGCCACCGUAGGCUGGGGGCGAGGGCAGGAACAGGCCGGGGGGGCUGGGGGGACGCCCGCACCGUAGGGUUGGUGCGGGGGCAGGAAAGGCCGGGCCCCGGGGUGGCCCCACGCGGGCCCGGGGUUGGUUUUGGGGGGGGGGGGCGAGGGUUGGGGGGGGAGGAACCCCGGGGGGGGGCCCCGGGGGGUGGGGGAAAGGCCCGGGGGCCCCCCCCGGGCACCCACCUACUUGGUGGAGUCAAACGGCCCGGGGGACGGCCCUUUUUUUGGGGACGGAAAGGGGGGGGAAACCCCCGGAGGGUUUGGGGCGAGUGGCGAAAAACCGGCCGGGGGCCGGGAUUUUUUUCGGGGGGGCGCCCGGGGCUGGGGCCAGUAGGGGGGGGGAAACGGCCCGGGGGGCGACGCCACCCUAGGGUUUUGGUGGGGGCAGGAACGGCCCGGGGGGGUGGGGGCCCCCGGGACCAGGUUGGUGCGAGGGGGGGCAAAAGGCACAGGGCGGGGGGGCCCCGGGCUGGCGACGCGCACCGUAUUGGGCGAGGGCAGGAACAGGGGGGCCGGGCUGGCGAAGCCCACCCUAAUUGGUGCGGGGGCAGGAACAGGGGGCCCGGGGGCGACGCCCACCGUACCUGGUGCGGGGGCAGGAAAACGGCCGGCGGGCUGGCAAAACCGGGGACCUACUGGUGCGAGGGGAGGAAAAGGGCCGGCCGGGUUUGGGACCCACCGUCCUUCGGGGCGGAAAGGCCGGGCCCGGGUGGCCGCCCCGUACCCUUUGCGGGGGGAACACCCCCUCCCCCCUACAUGGGAAGGGGCCCGGAACGGCCCCCGGGGGGCCCAGCCCCCUCAUUUGGGGCCAAAAGGGGGGGUUUCCCGCCCGUCCCUUUUGAGGGGGGGAAACGGACCGUUGGGCCCCCCUGGGCCUUAAAGGGGAUCAGGAAGGGCCACCGGUGGAAAAACCCUCCCGUACCCCCUUUGCCGCCAAAAACCCUUCCUCCCCUUCCCCACCGGGUCCCUAAAUUUGGGGGCCUUCUGAAUGUUUCGCCCCCCAAGCCCCGCGUAAUUUUCCCCCCCCAAAAAAUUUUUUGUUCUUACACAAAACUUUACGCCCUUUCUCCUUCCCUCCCCCACCGUCCAUCCAAAAACCCGGGCGAAAUUUAUUGGUUCCCUCCCGGCCCAGGACCCUGCCGCCAAAACCUCCCCGAGGGGCCCUGCUCCGGGAAAGUCUUUCCAAUUUGGGGGCUUUCACACGCAAAAUAGACCCAGCCAGGGUGGAAAAAUAUUUCCCCCCCAAGGAAAAAAAAACCCCCCAAUAAAAAACGGGGGGGGGGGGAGGGGUUGGGGGUUAACACGAAAAAACCCCAAAAAAUCCCCCAAAAUAAAGGGCCUGUUUUUGGGCCCCCGAGCAAAAAGCAACAGGACAUGUUGCCUUUGUUGGGGACCGGCCCUGAAAAGAAAAACCUGAAAACCCAAGGGGCCCCGGACUACACACCCUGGCUAAAAAAACCCGCCGGGGUUUACGUCCCCCCCCCCCAAAAGGGGCACGCCCCACCGGCCCCCAUAAAAAACCAGGGGGGGCGGGGGGGCUUCCCUCGGAGGCGGUUUCGGUGGGGGACACCCCCUCAAAACCCCCGUAGGCCCCCCGGGCCCGGUUUUGGGGCUGGUGGGGGCUGGAGGACCGAAGGGGGGGUUGCAAGCUCCGGUGGGCGCGACCGGUCUGGUCAGGGGGAAGGCCCAGGCCGGGGGCCGGCUGCGACGCCACCCCUGGUUUUUGGGGCGGGGCAGGAAAAAGGCCGGCCCCGGGGUUGGGGGGGCACCCCGGCCUUUGGUGCGUGGGCAGAAAGGGGGGGCCGGGGGUGACGAACGCACCUGGUUUUGGGGCGUUGGGCAGGAACGGGGCCCCGGCUGGCCGCCCCUGGUUUUGGGGCGAGUGGGAAAAGGCCGGGGCCGGGCUGGCGAGCGCACCCUAGGUUGGGCGAGUGCAGGAACGGGCCGGGGCCCGGGGUGGCGAGGCCCCCGAGGUUGGUGCGGGGCAGGAAAAGGCCGGGGCCCGGGGGGGACGCCACCGUAGGUUUUGGGGCGGGGCAGGAAAGGCCGGGCGGGGGGCACGCGCACCGUGGUUUGGGCGAGGGCAGGAAAGGCCCGGGGGGUGGGGACGCGCACGUACUUGGUGGAGGGGGAGGAACAGGGGGGCCGGGGGGGCGACCGCAGGAUUGGUAGGGCAGGGAAAAGGCCGGGCCGGGCUGGCGCGCGCCCCCCGAGGGUUUUGGGGCGAGGGCAGGAACAGGCCGGGGGGUGGGGCCGCACCGUCGGUGCAGGGCGGAACAAGCCGGGGGCCGGGGGUGGGGAGCCACCGUCUUUGGGCGGGGGGAAAAGGGAAAAGGCCCGGGGCCGGGUGGCGACGCACCCGAAUUGGUGCGGGGGGCAGGAACAGGCCCGGGGGGGUGGCAAAGCCAUCUUGGGCGAAAAAAGGGGGGGGGGCGACCCCACAACACUUGGUGCAGGGGAGGAAAGGGCCCGGGGGGGUGGCGACGGCCACCGUCACUUUGGGGCGAGGGGAGGAAAGGGGCCCGGGCCCCUGGCCCCCCACUGGGGAAAAGGGGAGGAAAAGGCCGGGCCGGGGCUGGCAACACACCGUAAUUUCCCCGGGGGGAAAAACCCCCCCCCCGUUACAUUGGUCCCAAAAAAAAGGGGGCCCUGGCGGCCCCCUUUAACUUUUCCCAGGCCCGGGCCGGGUGCCCCCCUAAUUUUUGGUGCGGGGCAGGGAACGGCCGGGCCCUGGGGGGCGCCCCCGUUCCUUGGUGCGAGGGGCAGGAACAGGCCGGACCGUACUGGGAACACACACCACUGGCCUUAAACGGGGAUCAGGAACGGGCCGGACCGGACUGGCAAUACACCUCAGUACCUCUCGCCGCGCCUCUACAUCUUCCUUCCCUCUUCUCACCAAUGGCUCCCGUAAUCUGGUGGCCUUCUGAAUUCGCCCCUUAUCUGCCUCCAGCAGCCCCGUCGUCCAUGCCAUGUGCCCCCCCCUAAAAAAUUUUUGGGGUUGCCUCUCGUCCGUCCGACGACGAAACUGUUGACGCCGUUGCUCCUCUCUCCGUCGCGCCUCUACCGUCUCACUCCAUGGACGGCGAUCCAUCCCGGCCUGGAUUUCCUCCCAGGUCCAGGACCCCUGCCCGUCCAAGAUCUGCUCCCACGUCCAGGCUGCCUGCUCCUGGACACGCUGCUUGGUCCUGAUAUGGUGGGAUCUUCUGUCACGAUCGUCGUAGAGAGUAGACCAAUGCGCAGCGUUAGUUGCGAACAUACUUAACUUUAUUAUCUUAAGUGAUAAUAUAACAACAAAACAAUAAACGAAACGUGCAGUCCUACGGUUAACACAGAAACAACCAAACGGAAACAAGAUCCCACAAACACUAAGGGAAACAGACUGUUUAAAUAUGGCUCCCAAUCAGAGACAACCAGCAACAGCUGACACUCGUUGCCUCUGAUUGGGAGACACUCUGGCCAACAUAGAAAAGCAACAACUAGAACUCCCACACAGAACAUAAACACAUGGAAUCUACACACCCUGGCUCAACAUAUAGAGUCCCCAGAACCAGGGUGUGACAGUACCCCCCCCCCCCAAAGGCGCGGACUGCGACCGCGCCUCCACAUAAAUAAACCAGGGGAGGGCUGGGUGGGCAUUCCUCCUCGGAGGCGGUUCCGGCUCCGGGCUUGACCACCACCCUUCAAUAAUUCCCCCGUAGCGCCCCUGGUCCGGUCUGGCCCCGCUGGCUGGAGCUGGACUGGACAUCGAAGGAGCGGAUUGCUUAAGCUCCGUUGUGGAGCAGCUGACCGGUACCUGAUCAGGCACCGGUGACCCAGGCACGGGUUGUGCCGGACUGACGACGCGCACCCCUGGCUUGGUGCGUGGAGCAGGAACGGACCGGACCGGGCUGACGAUGCGCACCCCUGCCUUGGUGCGUGGAGCAGCAACGGGCCGGACCGGGCUGACGAUACGCACCACUGGCUUGGUGCGUGGAGCAGGAACGGGCCUUACCAGGCUGACGACUCGCACCCCUGGCUUGGUGCGAGUAGCAGGAACAGGCCGGGCCGGGCUGGCGACGCGCACCGUAGGCUUGGUGCGAGUGGCAGGAACAGGCCGGGCCGGGCUGGCGACGCGCACCGUAGGUUUGGUGCGAGUGGCAGGAACAGGCCGGGCCGGGCUGGCGACGCGCACCGUAGGUUUGGUGCGAGUGGCAGGAACAGGCCGGGCCGGGCUGGCGACGCGCACCGUAGGUUUGGUGCGAGUGGCAGGAACAGGCCGGGCCGGGCUGGCGACGCGCACCGUAGGCUUGGUGCGAGUGGCAGGAACAGGCCGGGCCGGGCUGACGACGCGCACCGUAGGUUUGGUGCGAGUGGCAGGAACAGGCCGGGCCGGGCUGGCGACGCGCACCGUAGGUUUGGUGCGAGUGGCAGGAACAGGCCGGGCCGGGCUGGCGACGCGCACCGUAGGCUUGGUGCGAGUGGCAGGAACAAGCCAGGCCGGGCUGGCGACGCACACCGUAGGCUUGGUGCGGGGAGCAGGAACAGGCCGGGCCGGGCUGGCGACGCACACCGUAGGCUUGGUGCGGGGAGCAGGAACAGGCCGGGCUGGGCUGGCAACGCGCACCGUAGGCUUGGUGCGAGGGGCAGGAACAGGCCGGGCCGGGCUGGCGACGCGCACCGUACACUUGGUGCGAGGGGCAGGAACAGGCCGGGCCGGGCUGGCGACGCGCACCGUACACUUGGUGCGAGGGGCAGGAACAGGCCGGGCCGGGCUGGCGACGCGCACCGUACACUUGGUGCGAGGGGCAGGAACAGGCCGGGCCGGGCUGGCGACGCACACCGUACACUUGGUGCGAGGGGCAGGAACAGGCCGGGCCGGGCUGGCGACGCGCACCGUACACUUGGUGCGAGGGGCAGGAACAGGCCGGGCCGGGCUGGCGACGCGCACCGUACACUUGGUGCGAGGGGCAGGAACAGGCCGGGCCGGGCUGGCGACGCGCACCGUACACUUGGUGCGAGGGGCAGGAACAGGCCGGGCCUGGCUGGCGACGCGCACCGUACACUUGGUGCGAGGGGCAGGAACAGGCCGGACCGUACUGGGAACACACACCACUGGCCUUAAACGGGGAUCAGGAACGGGCCGGACCGGACUGGCAAUACACCUCAGUACCUCUCGCCGCGCCUCUACAUCUUCCUUCCCUCUUCUCACCAAUGGCUCCCGUAAUCUGGUGGCCUUCUGAAUUCGCCCCUUAUCUGCCUCCAGCAGCCCCGUCGUCCAUGCCAUGUGCCCCCCCCUAAAUGUUUUUGGGGGUUGCCUCUCGUCCGUCCGACGACGACACUGUUGACGCCGUUGCUCCUCUCUCCGUCGCGCCUCUACCGUCUCACUCCAUGGACGGCGAUCCAUCCCGGCCUGGAUUUCCUCCCAGGUCCAGGACCCCUGCCCGUCCAAGAUCUGCUCCCACGUCCAGGCUGCCUGCUCCUGGACACGCUGCUUGGUCCUGAUAUGGUGGGAUCUUCUGUCACGAUCGUCGUAGAGAGUAGACCAAUGCGCAGCGUUAGUUGCGAACAUACUUAACUUUAUUAUCUUAAGUGAUAAUAUAACAACAAAACAAUAAACGAAACGUGCAGUCCUACGGUUAACACAGAAACAACCAAACGGAAACAAGAUCCCACAAACACUAAGGGAAACAGACUGUUUAAAUAUGGCUCCCAAUCAGAGACAACCAGCAACAGCUGACACUCGUUGCCUCUGAUUGGGAGCCACUCUGGCCAACAUAGAAAAGCAACAACUAGAACUCUCACACAGAACAUAAACACAUGGAAUCUACACACCCUGGCUCAACAUAUAGAGUCCCCAGAACCAGGGUGUGACAGUCUGGUGUGUUUGUAAGGGUGUUAUGUGGCUAAUGUUGAUCCUGAGAGGCCUCUGUAGUUCAUGUUAUAGUAAGAUGAUGGCUAGCUAAAAUAGCCAGUUUUUUACAAUGUUUAUUUGGUGGCCAGUCAUCACUGAUCACUGUGUUGUUUGUGUAGUUGACCUGUGGCAGACAUUUGAGGUUGACUCUCUGGAACACCUGGAAGCAUUGGAGGUGGUCACGGCAAGGCUGGAGAGCAGGGUCAACCUCUGCAAGGCCAACGUCAUGAUGGUCACGUGCUUUGACAUCGCCACCAAGCGCCGGCAAGCGAGGAGACGCCGCCGGACGGAACAGCAGCAAGGAUUCAUGGGAAUUUAGUGUAAUUUUGUUCCCAUUGUUGUUAAUAGAUGUACAAAGAGAGAGCUUUACAGAGAGAGAGAGAGAGAGAGAGAGAGAGAGAGAGAGAGAGAGAGAGAGAGAGAGAGAGAGAGAGAGAGAGAGAGAGAUGUACAGAUAGAGAGAGAGAGAUGUACAGAUAGAGAGAGAGAGAGAGAGCGAGGAGAGAGAGAGAUGGAAUACCAUCGUUUUUUUAUGCUUAUCUGAAUUCCACUUGAAAACAUACACAGGUAUUUGCAUUUCAACUCCCUAACAGUAGUGAGAAGUAUCACUCAGUGUUGACUUCUCCUGAAGAAGAGGGAGUGGAAUCUACAUCUCUGAAUGCCACAGAGCACUCUUACUCUGAAUGAUGUAUGUUCUUCUGACACAGGAUACAGGUCAAUAUUCACUGUUACAGUGGGUUUCUUAAGUAUUCACCCCCCUUGAAUUUUGUUCACAUUUUGUUGCGUUACAAAGUGGGAUUGAAAUGGAUUUAAUUGUGAUAUUUUUUGUCAUUGAUUUACACAAAAUAAUCCAUAAUGUAAAGUGAAAAGAAAAUUCUACAAAUGUUUACAAAUGAAUACAAAUGUAAUAACAAAAAUCGAGUUGUUGCAUAAGUAUUUACCCCCUUUGUUUAGGCAAGCCUAAAUUAGUCCAGUAGUCAAAUUUGGCUUAACAAAUCACAUAAUAAGUUACAUGGAUUCACUAUGUGCGAAAUUGGUAUUGACAUGAUUUUUGAAUGACUACCCCUUCCUCUGUACCAACUCAGUGGCCUUGGGGUUAGAGUGUCCGCCCUGAGAUUGAGAAGGUUGUGAGUUCGCUCCAUGGCUGAGUCAUACCAAAGACUGUACGAAUUUGUACUUGUACAUCAAGCUGCCUCACGCUAUAGAAACAGAAGAUAGGGUCCUGCCCUAUGAGCUGUUUUGGCUCGCACAAGGCAAGACUACUUACUACCCCUUCCUCUGUCCCCCAUACAUACAACAUCUGUAUGGUCACUCAGUCAACUAUUGAAUUUCAAGCACAGAUUCAACUUCAAAGUCCAGCAAGCUUUUCCAAAGCCUCGUAAAGAAGGGCAGUGAUUGGUAGAUGGGUAACAAUAACAAAACAGAUAUUAUGCUGUGGAUUAUAUAUUAAACCACCCAGACACAUCAAAUUCGUCCUUCUGAACUGAGCUGCAGGACAGGAAUGAAACUGCUCAGGGAUGUCACCAUGAGCCCAUGUUCAGUCUGCUUUCCACCAGACACUGGGAAACAAAUUCACCUUUCAGCAGGACAAUAACCUACAACACAAGGCCACAUCUACACUGGAGUUGCUUACCAAGAAGACAGUGAAUGUUCCUGAGUGGCAAAGUUACAGUUUUGACUUAGAUCUGCUGGAAAAUAUAUGGCAAGACUUUUGCUGUGUAGCCAUGACCCCCAACACCUUGACAGAGCUUGAAUAAUUUUGAAAAGAAUAAUGGUUCAAAGCUCUUAGAGACUAAACCAAGCAGACUCACAUUUGUAAUCACUGCCAAAGUUGUUUCUAACAUGUAUUGACUCAGGGGGUGAAUACUUACCUAACGUAUAUUAUUGUUACAUUUUUCCCACACACACUCACACACAUAAACAUACACACACACACACACACUCCAUGAUGUCUGUUUUAUGAAUCCUAUUUACAGUAUCAGCAUGUUGUAUGUCAACUCUUUAAAAGCUACAUGUCUUCAUAUUUCUCUGUAUUUAUUAUGGUAUUGCUAUGUAGCCCCCUACUGUAUCCUUUAACUUUGAUGACAAAGGAUAAACUGUUCUAAAGUGGUUGUGUGCCCCUUGUGUUUUGUUCAUUCACCUAAGUCUGAUGACUUUGUGUGAGAGCUGGAGGCUUGGCACGCAAUGCUGAUGUGUUAUUAUUAAUGCAAACACAGAGUGUACUGUUUCAAACAGUAGUUUGAGAAGGGAGACAAAACACUACCACAGAGAACAACAGGAACACUGAAUCCCAAACGGCGCUCUAGCUCCUACCCCCCCCUACGCUAGCCUGGCCCCACAUCGGUUUAAUCUGUAACAGUGGAGGCUGUUGAGGGGAGAACGGCUCAUAAUAAUGUCCGGAACGGAGCAAAUGGAAUGGCAUCAAACAUCUGGAAACCAUGUGUUUGAUGUAUUUGAUACCAUUCCACUAAUUCCGCUCCAGUCAUUACCACGAGCCCGUUCUCCCCAAUUAAGGUGCCACCAACCUCCUGUGAUCUGGAAGGAGCUGGCAAGACUGCACAAACAUAUCUGGGACCAGGCUACCCCAUGCACUCCGUCUGUCCUGUGGAUCUGAAAAGACUGAAUAGGUCCAAGCAGUAUGGCAAAAAAUUCCACCUAGCCUAUCAGAAGGCGAUGCAAUUACUACAUUGGUUAAACUGAGUGUAUAUGUUCCUUUCAUAUCUACAGGCGUGCCUAGGGGUUAGCGGUCCAUUUGAGUCAAUCACAAGAUGUUAAGCUUAAGCCACAUUAUUGUUAUAUGAUGCAGCAGCUUCGCCAUUAUCGGCUGUCGCUACGGAUGUUUUCUAGUGGGAAGGUAAUAAGGACACGCAGUCAGCCGGAGUUCACUUCUAAAAGUCAGACUCAUUACACACACUCCCUGGAUCGCUCCCCAUUUCAGCCUUUCCCUCUUUCUGCUCUAGUUCACCGUCAUGUAG